AUGGCAAUUGACGGUUGGAUUGUUGAUGAUAAGACUGGUCAUGGUGAAGAGGCAGAAAACCUCUUAGCUCUCUUCCAGUCCAGCGUCUGGCGCGACGGCGGCAGUGAAAUCAAGCCAUCAAUUCACCACCUCUACUGUGUCAGCAAUGCGAUGAACCUGAUGAACAGCCAAGUUAGCAAAGAUUCACGGCAACUAGUCUCUUUUAUUAUUAGAUGCGUCUUAAUUUUUACCAACAGUGACCUUAAACAGCAUGUAGCGCUUUCAAUUUGGUCGUCGGCCUUUUUUUGUUCGUCACCGGUGCGAAAUAUGCUGAUCGUCUGUGUCGUCAUUCUUUUCCAUUUGGCUUCAGGAUCACGCUUUAAGUCGGUAUUUGGUGCAGUUGAUCCAGAGGUUUUUCAGACAGCAUACGAAAUAAUUGACGGGAAAGGUUACCGACCAAAUGAGUACAUUGUUGAAACUGAAGACGGCUAUUACCUCACUCUUCAUCGUAUUCGUACGAAAACUUCAAUGUCAAUGGGUGACAGUAGGAACGUGGUGCUUCUCCAACACGGCUUUCUCGACUCCGCUCACACUUGGAUCAAUAACCUGGCCAACGAGAGUUUGGGGUUCAUUCUUGCCGACGCAGGUUUCGAUGUUUGGUUGGGGAAUAGUCGAGGUAGUACCUACUCCCAAAAGCAUGCAUACUUGAACACCAGUGACGACAAAUUUUGGGCAUUUUCUUGGGACGAAAUGGCUAUGUAUGAUCUUCGUGCAUCCAUCGAUUUCAUCAUUAACGAAACGAAGGUUGACAAGAUUUUCUACGUGGGACAUUCUCAGGGUGCGCAAAUUGCGCUCGCGCAGUUGAACAGUGACGCAAGUCUUCGCGGCCAUGUGUCUGCGUUUGCAGCGCUUGCUCCAGUCGCCUAUCUGGAGCAUGUGCGCAGCCCCAUCCACUACAUCGCGCCACUGUGCAAUUCCCUCCACAAGGCCCGCUGGCUUUUCGGUGGAGUCAGACGCUUCCUGCCCUCUGACUGGGUGAUGCGUUUUUUCGCCCUCUUUGUAUGCCGUGAUCAUCCCCUCCCUUUCGUGUGCAAGAAUCUCAUCUUUUUAAUCGCGGGAUAUGACACGCGUAAUAUAAAUUCGACUCGACUGCCAGUGUAUGUUGCGCACACGCCAGCGGGAACUUCGGUUCAAAAUAUGGUUCACUACUGCCAGGGGAUGUGGCAAGGCCGCUUUCAGGCCUUCGAUUUCGGGGCUGCAGAGAACAUGGUGAAGUACAAUCGGACGACCCCACCACCCUACGGGCUGGACGCGGUGGGGGUGCCAGUGACUGUAUACUGGGGUGGGCAAGAUUGGCUGGCGCCGCCACGAGACAUUAGCCGCAUCUUGGCCGAGCUUUCUCGGUGUCCGGGCGCUCAAGUACGCAAUGUCUACCUGUCGGACUACAACCACCUCGACUUCGUCUGGGGCCUAGACGCUGCCUCUCGCAUCUACCGCGACAUCAUUCACUUCUUCCGACAGUAUCAGUAG